UGAAUCAAAGCAUUUGAGUUCGAGCAGCGAAGUUAUGGAGUCACUGUUCAGUAGCACCACAAAUACGUCAUUGCCAGUACCUAAUGACGUAAUCAGACUAAUGUAAACUCAACUAAUGUAAACUGGUAACGACGAGAUUGGUGAUAUACAACUUAUUGCGGUCUCGAGAAGACAUCGCGAAAUUUAUUCAGAGAUGAGCUGUGAAGAAGUUGUUGCUAUGCCUAAUACGGCAGCAGACGACCGCAGUCAAACUACAGGUACCGAUGAUGAGGAAUUUCACGUUAUGCAUUUAGAACCCCGGCCUUUCCGGCCUUUCAAAACCAGUGAAGAGUAUCUGUAUGCGAUGAAAGAGGACUUGGCGGAGUGGUUAAAAACUCUGUACGAUAUUGACAUCACAGUGGACGACUUCUUGGAGAGACUAGAGACGGGGGUCAUUUUGUGUCAACACGCCAAUAACGUGCUCCGCAUGGCGCGAGAGUGGCACGAAGCUGGGCGGAAUGGGCUCAAUUUGCCCAUCCCGGAGCGUGACGUAAUGUAUCGCAGUGAUGUCCAGCCCGGUACGUUUCAAGCUCGAGAUAACGUUUCAAAUUUCAUCACCUGGUGUCGCAAGCUGGACAUUAAGGAAUGCCUGCUCUUUGAAACUGAUGACUUGGUGCUCCGGAAGAACGAGAAAAGUUUCAUAUUGUGCCUGUUAGAAGUGGCUCGCCGAGGGUCAAAGUUUGGGAUGCCCGCUCCUCUCCUGGUUCAGAUGGAAGAAGAAAUUGACGCUGAACUGGCUAAUGGAGGCUCGGAUUGCGAAGAUCAAGAGGACUCGGGUCUUUUGAUGAGCUCUAAACCACAGGUCAUCACUAACGACUUAAGGAGUCUUCACGAAAGGGUGGUGGAUCUUCUCAGUAGAUGCACGUGCCCGUCACAGUUUCCCAUGAUCAGAGUGUCUGAAGGUAAAUACAGGAUAGGCGACUCCAAGAUCUUGAUCUUUGUCAGGAUACUUCGUAAUCAUGUCAUGGUCCGUGUUGGUGGUGGAUGGGAUACCUUAGAACACUAUCUCGAUAAGCACGACCCCUGCCGGUGUAAAUCAGGUCAUCGGUUUUCAACAUCAGCAAAACUGACCAUGUCACCUGGAAAAGGAUCCCCCAGCAUGCAGGUCACGUAUAACCGAUCUCUCGAGCCAAAUCUUUCUGGUGUUAAUGUUUCCAACCCACGAAGUCAUCCUUCUUCUCCACAGACACGUCGCCGAAUGUUAACUACAAAUCCUCCUCAUAGAGACUCGAACGGUUCCUCCAAGGAUCUUUCAAGGAUUUCCCCAAACAGUGGCGAACUUCCAUCUUCGAAUGCGGGCGACGAGACCAGUAAGUUAACCAGAUGCCUCAAGCCACCUCAUUCAGAUUUUAUCGAGUUCGACGAGACCAACGGAGGAGAGCGAGAUAAAAGGUCGACCCCGCUGAAGAUAAUGAAAAUGGGAGAUAGUGGGGAAGAACCCGUUAUCACAGUAACCCAACACGAGUGUGAUCUGACAAAUGGAUUCAGUUCCUUACCACCAGAGGGAGACUGUAAGGAAAUUACAGAUAGGCGUAUAAGUGCUCCUCAAGUUUCCAAAACUCCUGUGCAUGGACCAGGUGUUAAAAUUACAACACCUCGAUUAGAAGGAAAGUCCAAGAUUCCAUAUCUUCCUGACCACUCCGUCAAAGCCUUAGCUAUAAAUCAAAAGUCUCCAAGCUCGGAUAACGUGUAUAAACCUCGAGUAACUCAGUUAAAUAACUGUUCUCCUGUACAUAUAGCUCGAAAUGGAAGGAGAUCAUCUGACUCCUCAAACUAUCUGCCUGAUAUCCGUAGGAGCCGAUCUCCUAGUAACGAUUCGUUGGAAGAUGGGUUGUUUCUGAACAGAGGGAGUUUAGGUAGACAUUCUUAUCGAAGUCCUAGAACUUCUAACAUUGGCCCAAAAGUAGACACAGGCUACAAUACUUGGGCAUUCCGUCAGCGCUCGCCUAGGCCUUCUCUUAGUUCUGAUCUCUUUAGACCACCAUCUGCUGGAUCUCAAUCUCAUGCAAGAUCGUUAGCUCCUAAGACGAGGACCAUUGUUUCUAACCCCAAGCACAUUCCACAGAAGAAGAAUCCCAUUAAAAAGCCAAUUUUGUCUCCAGAUAAAGUCCAGAAGCUUCUGAAGGAUGUUGACUUUGAUACAGACCAUGAUUUUUUGACAGAAAUGGAAAAAUUCAUUGAAAGCUACAAAGCAAAGGUGGAGAAGAAACUAAAGAAUGAGCAACUGAUGAAAAAUUUACCCGAUGAAACUCCUGAACAUUUUCCUGAAUCGUUUGGAGCUCUCUCUGACGAACGACCUCCUAGCCGUGGGGCUAAUCCUCUUCAGCCCUCUCCACCAAAGUCUAGGUCUCACAGCCUAGGCACUUCCAAGAUUCCAAUGUCGAUCAAAUACAAUAAACGCGAAUGGUAACUUCAGUACAUUGCUUCUUCAAGUAAAGGGAAUACCGUGUUACUUUCUUUGUUGUUUUUUUCGCCACAAGUUACAGUGUCUCAUUGAUAUUCCAAACGAAAUAACACCGCAGCCCGACCGCCAAUUAAUUGUUCGUCUUCUAGAGGGUGUUGCUCAAAUAGUCACUGUUUGUAUGUUGUUGUUUUUUUAUUUUUAUUUUCAUAAGUGUGAGUUACUUCCCAGCAAUAGUUGAAAAUAUUUAAGGGACUCAACCUAAGGAAAUGUCAUUCUUUUAUUAAUUAUCAGGUCAAAAGAAAACGAACAUUAGUUACCUACUUAGCACCUGCAUAUUACGCACUGUAACGUUAGCAAAGCAUCCAAUGAUUGUCAUCAUAAUCUGUCUUUAAAGUCUACAGUUCUUCCUACAAGGUACAUUUGCUGUCUACAAGACAUAAAAAAACUUCUUGAUGCUUGCAAUUUGAGAAAGUUGUACAAAACGAGAGAAAGGGUGGUUACUUCUGUUUAUUCACGAGCCAGGUGUGACCUAGCGGAUAUCAUAUUCGGACUGCGAGUCCGAGGAUUCGUGGUUCGCAGCUCGUUAUUGCAAAUGCACGUUCCGCGUUUUGGAGCCUUGGUUACAAUAUAAGAACGUCGGUCAAAUCCAACUGUUCGAUCAGAGAAAAGUAACCCAACAGUUGGUGGCGGGUGCUAUUGACUAGCUACCUUUCCUCUAGUCUAUCAAUUCAAAAUUAGGACGGCUAUGCGCAGAUAACCCUUUGGGUAGCUAUGCGCAUACAUUCUGGAACAGAGAAACAAAUCUGAGUGAUCCACCAGAGAAACGAAUUAUUUUCAGACAGCGUCGUGCAAGCUUUUUAUUGUGUGGCACUCUUGUUUUUAAUCAAGUACUAGUUAAAAAAAACAACAGUUUCAAGAGUUUAUAAAGAUUUAAAGCGUACUCUAAAACGGUUAUACAACAAUUUUCUUAGCAAAUUAAUACACGUUGAAAUAGGAAGAGGAUAAUAAAAAUAAUAAUCCAAUUUAACUAUUAUAUAUUUUCUAACAUUUUAAUGAAUUAUUAAGAAAAUUUAGUCAGAUAUUAAAAAUCGUAAAUAUAUUUUUGUGUGUGUGUGUGAAAUUUCACAUUUGUAAACUUCUGUGAUGAUAAGAUUUGUGUUUCACUUUCGGUUUGUAAAUAGAUUUUUUUUUCAAAGUAAGGGAAUCGCAAUAUUUCCAGAAACAGCAAAAUAUAAAUAUUUUUUUAUCGCCAAUUUUCCAGAUCUGGUCGCUCUAAAAAAAUGAGGAAGUCGCAGAAUUAACUUUGUUGUCAUCUCAUAAAUCAGGUUUCUUAACUCUAUAUAGCUUUGUUCGGAAUGUCCGUGAGUUUAUUGUUUACGUAUCAAAGAAAGGAUAUGUGAAUACCGGUGUUUUUUGUGAAAGUACACACACAUAGAAAUUUCAACCUUGGUGAAUAAUUAUUAGCAUUAUUUUGACAAAACCUGUGAGUCAUCGAUAUGCAAGAAACAUUAACCUUGUAUAUAUUUAUCUUCUCGGCUAGGACGAAGGUUUGGAAUUCGCCAUCUUAAUAAAAAAUUGAAUCAAAUGGCAGAGUUAGAGAUAGGUUAGCCAGAGCUUAUACUUGGACAAACACUACGUUUUGUUCUCCAGUCUCAGUGAUAUAAAAAAAAAAUGUUUCAUCUUUCAGAUUAAUUCGUCCCCCCUGGUGUUUCAGUGAUGAGCUUCAGAGCUUAUAACCCAAGAACUUGGGUUCGAUCCCGCAGCGGACACAUCACAGAUAGUCCAUUGUGUAAACUUUGCGCUGAAACAAACAAACACAGAUAAACUAAGCCUAAUUGAACAUCGUACUUAGCUUGUUAUACUUUGCCAGAAGAUGGCAGCAAAGUAUUAUUGAACUGUGCCUAUUUUUUUUUUUUUUCAGUUAGAAACUGCGUUGAGUAUAUUAUUAAUUAUUUUAUUGUCGGAUUUCAGUAAUUUACGAAAGGGGGCGUCCAAUCUCAGCAUUUUUAUUUCAUUAUUUUGACGGUUCUUCUUGGCAUUCCUUUUCUCAGUCUACCUUUUAAAGCAAACCCCGAAUCCUUUGAUUUUGACAAUUUCCCAAAUUCGUGUGCUUGAAAAUUUUCAAAAUAAGUAAAUUAUAACAAAAAAACAAUAACAAAUAAAUUCGUUUUUACUACUUUUACUAAUGUCAUACGGAUUAAAAUAAAAGACAAAAUUCUUCCCAGAAACUUUAAUUUUGGACACUUUAAAAUAAGUUCAUAUGUAACUUCUUGCAAAGCUAUAUUCUAUAUGCAACAUAUAACAGUUAUGAAAUCAACAUAUAACAGUUAUGAAAUACUAUGUUCAGCGAAAACUUCUUAAUUUAUGUAUAAUUAAGAAAAACGUUCGCACGUUCAUAUUUUACUUUUUGUUUUUAAAAUUUUUAAUACGGACAAUUAUCGUUUAUAAGUAAUAAUAAUAUUUUCCUGUUUAUGUUUUUACAAAACGCGUAAAUCAAUCGUUUUUUUCCCUUCUUCUUUUGCUGUAUAGGAGAAGAUGAAAUAAUAGCAGACGUGGAACUUUCCAAUAUGACGUAAUAACUUAAAUUAAUAUUUGACGUCAGAACAUUAGGUCUCCUGACGUCAUACUGUGUAAAUAUGCUUUAUACUCUUAAAAAGUAAGUCCUAAAAAGUUGCGCUUAAGAACGAGAUAAUUUGUAGAGAAAAAAAAAAGGCGAAACGGAAAGAAAGAAAUUAAAUCUCAAGUGCGCGUCAACUUGUAGCUCUGAAGCUAAAGAAAUAUAAAAUAUCCCCUACAUUAUGUUAAUUUGUGACUUAGAAUGAUUAAAUUAGCCUAUUUUCUAAUAAAUAAAUAAAUAUAUAUAUUAAAUGACGUACCUUUACGUUUUUUUAUUUGUUCUUGAACUUGUUAUAUUCUAAGACGGGUUAUGUGUUUAUAAGUCAAAGUUAUAAAUAUUUUUUUAAAUCAUUCUUUUGUCUUAUGUUUUAAAGGUUCUAAGUACAUUCCGCUCGCCGAUAAGAUUGAAGAAACAUUCUAUACCUCAGUGCUGGCAUCUAUACUAAACUAGAGACAUUAUUACAAUUUUAAAAAUAUUCUAACAAAAAUACAAAACAGCUUGUAAAAUUAUAUAAGAGAUGUUUCUUUUCCCAAAAAGAUACAUGACAAAUUUUUCAAAAGCGUUAAAGGACUUAUACAGAAAAGUUAUAAUUGUUUUAUUUUGUUUGUUUUUUAUAUGAAUGCUACACUAUGCUUCUAGAAAUACUUUAUACAACCAGUCUGGUUUUAUAGGAAUCGUUAAAAUUCAAUAAUAAUAAUAAUGGACACGGAAAAUUAAAUGUACUAUAAUCUAUUGUAAGUUGUAAAGGCUUUAGAUGAAAUCAGUGGAAUGUUUAAUUAUUUCAUUUUAUUUUUGUUUUCUAUUGUAAACUUUAGGUGGCUGGCUCAAAUACGUAAGUUUGAUGGCGUAAAUUGUUUUGUAUUCCUAACUAGAAGGAAAGA